AUGGUUGCAGCAAAGCAGCUAUUCAGACAAAAUGAUUACGAGCUCGCGAAGAGCAUCAAGGAGCUCAAGCUCAGCGGCUACUUGCCCUACCGUGGUGUUAGCAGCUACUCCUUGACCUCAGAUUCCCUUAUACAGAGUGGCGGGUUCAGGGCUAUGCGGCCGGAGACACUCAAAAUCAACUUGGGUUGGGACCACUGGGACCUUAAUAUCUUGCAUGCCAUGUCGGUAACCAAUUUGAAAAUUUUGAAGCUGCCCGUACGCAUGCCGUCAGAUUGUGUUCGACUCGGACAGGCACUCAAUGUCAUGCCGAAACUUGCGAGCCUCGUAAUCACGGAUAUCCCAGACCGAGAAGAAUUCCUAACUGAGCUCGGUUACCUCGGUAAAGGCAUCAUGUCUUGUGCACCAACCUUACGAGAACUAGACAUCGAGAUGACAAACUUUAAUCGUCCACUCUCAUGGGCUGGAGAUGAGCGCUUCGUAGAACCACAAGAUGACGGGUUCUUCUUCCGCAAACUCUUUCCUUGCCCACCAGAGGAGGAGCUUCUCGGGCUAUGCGAGCGACAUUCUCGACAUGACACGGAUCCGAUGGCUGAGGCUCCGUUGACUAUCACGAAGCUGCGGUUGAAGCAUUUGAGUUUGCCAUGGUACUCAUUUGGCAUAAUCUUCAAUGCGAAGGCCAUUAGACAACUUCACCUGCCGUACUCCUCGGCUGACAGACAAGUAUGGGGAUUCCUCGAGACAUAUGCACAAUUGGACAGUCUGACCGAGAUCAGCUAUGAUAUGCUAUCGGCAGUAUUCCUUGGUUUCCUAGAGCAACAGUCAUCGCUGAAGGAGCUUACAUUUGCGCGCCCGCAAGACCAAUGUGAUGGGACGGACGUCAUAUUCUACGGCCCCAGCGCCCACAUGAUACUUCGUGUGUCUAGAGAAGCUCCUCGGCUUGGUCCAGAUGCUGGAGCGGAGUACCCGAAUCUUGACAAUUUCUUGUCUUCGCUUGAGCAUAUGACGAUGUUGAAACACCUAGUGUUGCCAGCGGACAUGUACACGAUAACAAGUGGCUGUCUGUGCUCUAUCGCGACAUCUCUCACCAGUCUGGAGCAUCUGGAAUUGGGAUUUGACUAUAAUGACCUUGAGCUUCAACGAAUAUUUACAUCUUGCUUCCUCUGCGGCACACGAACCUUAAAGAAGCUGACGUUCCUCUCUCUAAAGCAACCCAAACCACUGCCAGACUUCAAUCCCGCGCAAUUCCACUCUCUUGUUGUGUCCUUAGCCGACGAAGUUUCACAGAACCUCAAACUUGUCCGCUACAUGCCUUUGGACCAGAUAUAUGGGCAUGAAUAUUGUGGUGACAUAGAUGUGUAUUAUCACCGAGAAACGCCCGUUGACGGCAAAUGGUGGAUGUGUCUCCCACCGCACGAGAGCGAGCAUAUCUUUGCGGAAGGGCGUACGCCAAGUAUUCCUGUGGACGAUUGGGACGGGGAAUUUGAGGCAGAACAAGAUGCGUAUUGA